GCUCGAUCGGCCCUCCCUUGCGCUUCUGCGACUUCCAGGCCCAAGGCGAACAUUCCUGACCCUCGAUCCCGCUUGCAUUGACGGUCAAUGGCCUUCCCCCUCCCGCGGGGCAUUACGCCCCCGGAGAUCUCGUUUCUGGCCGAGAUGGAAAUGGUCACGAUCCUUCCGCGUCAACGCUUGGAGGGCCUGGAGCUGCUCGGCGGCCCCGUCGAACCGCUCCUCCCACCCCGCCGAGCCACGCUCCCCCUCUGGCUCGCGCUGCUUCUCAAACGCCAACGACGCGCAAACAUUCUCCCUCCGCCCUGGCUUCACCCCGAAUCUCUCUCGCUGAUCCUCGAAAUCGAAACCCAACACCAGGACUAUCAGAACGCAUUCUCCCCUCCACCCCCUCUCCCCGGGCAGCCAAGUCUCAGCGAGCGCGGGCAACAAAGACCCGUAGCCACCCCUCGAUAUACUCCCGACGGCCAACGAUACUACCCGUCCUCGCCAUUCCUGCCCCAGAAUGUCGCGCAAGAUUAUGUCCCGGCUGGUGAGCCGCCCGCACUGCCGUUCCACUGGUUGGAAAUGGGCACGAUGCUGCUGGAUGCCGCGAGCGACGAUCUGGUGGAGCCGAACCAGGUGCGACGGCUGCUGAAGGAGUUACGGGAAGUGCGGACGGCGAAGAUUCGAUCCGGCACCGAUGUACUGGAUGCGGCCGCAACGGGUGGAGGUGGAGUGGCCCUGACAGGUGUUGGGGCGAUGGAGAUCACUGAGGGGAGAGGGUUCAUUGCGGGUGUUGUGGAUGGUCUAAGGCGGAUUGGUGCGUCCAAGGAACAAGCACGACGGGAGCAGAUGGCGGAGGACAUGGCCAACGGCGCAUAUGACGCGACGCAGGAUGAUGAGGACGACAUGGAAUUCUGAUGCAUAUUGUCUUUGCUCGCUCAUGAGCUGGAGUUAUUGGUGUACAAAGAAACAGUCAUUUUUGGAUUUGUUUUAUAUGUAUAUAUACCCUUCAUUCCCUAUAAUCGCAGGUAUUCUGAUUUCAA